GGUUUUGCUUUACCAGCUUGUUUUACCUGUAAAGUGUGCUCGUUUUGGACACCAGUGAAUCCCGUACCCGUACCUUCUCCCUUUUCCAAACGGAAUCCAAACAUUAUCUCCAGGCACCUUUUAAAGGAGGCAAACGAGUGCAGGUUUAAAGACUUCACCUUUGGACCUCACUAUGCAAAGACUUCAGGUGUUAAAAGACGCUUUGCUUGGCUUGGAUCUGAUCCAAAGGCAGGCGCUGGUGGGUUCAGCGGUUGCAGCGGGGGGACUUCUGGCCUACAUGGUCCACAGAAGAAGACAAGUGAAAACGAUUCCGCUCGGCGAAGGAUGGUGGGGAGCCGGAGAGAAACCACUGACAGAGGAUGAUAAAAUCUACCCAUUUAAAGUGGAAACUUCAGAAGAAGAAAUCAAGGACCUUCAUGAGCGCAUUGACCGAACACGCUACUCGGAUCCUUUAGAGGACAGCUACUUCCACUACGGCUUCAACUCCACUCACCUGAAGAAAGUGGUUUCUUACUGGAGACACGAGUUUGACUGGAACAAGCAGGUGGCGGUGCUGAACAAGUAUCCACACUUCAAAACUAAAAUAGAAGGAGUGGACGUGCACUUUAUUCAUGUUCGGCCGCCACACCGCGAGAAUCAGACGGUGCUGCCUCUGAUGCUCGUCCACGGCUGGCCCGGCUCCUUUUACGAGUUCUACAGGAUUCUACCUCUUCUCACAGAGAGCCGGGACGGCGUCGUAUUUGAGGUCAUAUGUCCGUCCAUCCCUGGCUAUGGUUUCUCAGAAGCUCCUCAUAAACAAGGUAGGUGAACCUGGAACGGCCGAGGUUCACCACUGGAACUUCAGGUACUCACUGCAUCUCCACUGAUGAACUCCGAUGAACUCCUGAAGACUAUUUUGACCCCUAAGACUGACUACACACUAGAACAUUUUAAGCCUGAUUUUUGUACUGAUUUCCCCCCCAACGAUCAGGUUUGUGUGGCCAGAUUCGAGGCUUCACUAACUCGAUGUUGACUACUUUAAAGGAGCAGUAUGUACGUUUCUGCUCGUGGAGCUUAUUAGAAACAUGCAGAGGCUUUUUAGGU